AAUCCUUUUUUGACAGUGAUGAGAUUUCAGUGUGUGAUGUAACUACACUGAGAUCCGACCAAAUGGAAGUAUGGAAAACACCUAUACGUACGCUCCAGCUGCACGACUGUGAUCACGUAGGACAUUGAAAUUUCUUUAAGCUGGCACCGCAAUUUUGCAACCACGACAUUGACCAAAGAAGCCAUGGGUUUAGUCGUCUCGUGUGAUCUCAUCUAUUGACGCUGACACUGAUUUGUUCGAUUUUUAAUGGUAUAAAUUAGUUGAUCAUAUGUAUCUACUGGUUUCAAAUUUGCAUGUGAACAUAAACUUGGACACGUACGUGUAGCACAGGACUGCAAGCUACAUAAUUGCACGGAGCCAUGCGCUCAUGCCCAUGCAAAGGUUAGAUAAGCUCACAAGACAAAGGAAAAAAAUAAUACAUUAUAUCCUGUAAUUUAUACACAAGUAUAUACACGCCACCGUUGGGUAACGUUUUGUAGAGCAUUUGCAUUUUGCAAGCAAGCAAAUUAGUUUAGCAUGCCGUCCCUUCGAGCGGCCAUGGCGGACGGCGCCGACCGCGUCGAGGCCACGACGAUCGGCAACGACAAGGAGACCCUGCUGAGCCUGCUCCGCGCCAAGUCGGAGCGGAGCGCCGAGGCGGAGGAGAAGGUGGAGUGGGUGCGAUCGCAGAUGGUCGGCCGCGACGCAGAGUUCGACACGCCGUUCGGCCGCCGCGCCCUCGUCUACGCCGACCACACCGCCUCCGGGCGCGGCCUACGCUACAUCGAGGACUACAUCCUCACACAAGUCCUCCCCUUCUACGGGAAUACGCACACGGAGGACAGCUACGUCGGUAGCAGGACGACGAAGAUGGUGAGGACGGCGGCGAGCUACAUCAAGCGGUGCAUGGGCGCCGGUGCCGACGACGCGCUGAUCUUCUGCGGCUCCGGCGCCACGGCGGCGGUGAAGCGGCUGCAGGAGGUGAUGGGGAUGGCCGCGCCGCCGGGGCCGCUUCUGCGGGCGAGGCUGCUCUCGCAGCUGCGCGCCGAGGAGCGGUGGGUGGUCUUCGUGGGACCCUACGAGCACCACUCCAACCUGCUGUCGUGGCGGCAGAGCCUGGCGGACGUCGUGGAGGUCGGCGCCGGCGACGACGGGCUCGUCGACCUCGCCGCGCUCCGGCGCGCGCUGGGCUCCCCCGAGUACGCGAAGCGGCCCAUGCUGGGGUCAUUCUCGGCGUGCAGCAACGCCACCGGCAUCGUCACCGAUACCCGAGCGAUCGCGCGCGUCCUGCACCAGCAUGGGGCUUUCGCCUGCUUCGACUUUGCCGCGAGCGGGCCCUACGUGGAGAUCGACAUGAGGUCGGGCGACAUGGACGGCUACGACGCCGUGUUCCUCAGCCCGCACAAGUUCCCCGGCGGCCCCGGCACGCCGGGCCUCCUGCUCAUGAACCGCUCCCUCUACCGCCUCGCCUCGCUGCCGCCCACCACGUGCGGCGGCGGCACCGUCGCCUACGUCAACGCCCGCAGCGAGGACGACACGGUGUACCUCGACGACGUGGAGGAGCGCGAGGACGCCGGCACGCCGCCCAUCACGCAGAAGGUGCGCGCCUCGCUCGCGUUCUGGGUCAAGGAGCACGUCGGGCUCGGCGCCAUCGCGCUCCGCGAGCGCGUCCACGCCGACGCCGCCAUGCGGUGGCUCCUGUCCAACCCCGCCGUCAAGGUGCUCGGCAGCGUCGAGGCGCGCCGCCUGCCGAUAUUCUCGUUCCUCGUCUACCCCGGCGGCGACACGACGCUGGGGAGGAGGCGUCGGCGGCUGCCACUCCACGGGCGGUUUGUCGCCAAGCUCAUGAACGAUCUGUUCGGCAUCCAGGCCAGGGGCGGCUGCGGCUGCGCGAGCCCGUACGGGCACGCCCUCCUCGGCGUCGGCGAGGAGCUCUCCCUUCGGAUCCGCUCCGCCAUUCUUAAGGGCUAUCACGGUGUGAAGCCGGGAUGGACGAGGGUGAGCUUCGCCUACUACCUCCCACCGGAGGAGUUCCGGUUCAUCCUCGCCGCCAUCGACUUCGUCGCGGCGCACGGCCACCGGUUUCUGCCGCUGUACAAUUUCGACUGGGCCACCGGCAACUGGACCUUCCGGCGCCGUGCGGUCAAGCACCACCUCAUGCUGGAGGAGCUGCUGCAUGGUCAUGGUAGCUCUAACACGAAGAUGAAGGGGAGCAAGACUGCUGGCGACAGCGACAAGUUCGAGGGCUACCUGGAGUUUGCCACCAAGGUCGCGCUGUCGCUGCCGGAGACGUGUGAUGAGCAGCAGGUUCCCGAAGGAAUCGACCCUGACAUUGUACUUUUUCGAGUGUGAGACAUGUAAAGUUUCAUGAUUUUGUAAUGAGAUAUGGUGCGGUCAUGCCCAUUAACUUCAUAAAAUAUCUAUAUAUCUACCCUAAUAAUAAAGCAAUGAUUGCUUCUGGUCGUCCGUCGUUAGUACUUUUGCAGAAAAGUCCCUGGUGUUUUAGCUAUUCAACUCGCAGUCCCUUUUUAAGUCAGAAAACGUUUCGUUCAGGAUGUUUUCGUUAAAAGCCCCUGUAGUUUCCUGUAUUUAACGCGCGAUCCUUUUAAAGUGAGAAAACGUUUCGUUCGUUUCUGGGCCUGGGCCUUAAUUUUAUUCGGCCUAACACAAGGGUUGGAAACCAAAAAGAAACACAGGACACACGGGCAUGUAUGCAUCGAAGAAGAGCUCGGGGUACGGCCGCCGCCGCCGCCACGCGUGGAUGGUCUUCCUGUCCGGCCAUCCGCGUAGCCCACGCGGGCGAGCUGCAGAUUUGGAUGGGCUGCCUGGCCCACGCAGCGGAUGGCGGUGUUUCGAGCAACUCCUCGACGCAGGGGAAAAGAUUGGCGGCGCUGGAGUUCGCCGGAACGGGCAGGCGGCCGGUGGGUGACGCGAGGCCGCGGCGCCGGCGCGAGGAAGACGAGCGGAUCCGGGGCGGCGGCGACCGAUCCGGCUGCUGGUGCGGCGGCUUGCUCCGGUGGCGGCGGCGUCCUGCUCAUCCGUAGAAAGAGAGACAGGGCGUGAGGGAGAGAGCAAGAAAGGAGAGGGAGAAGGGGGUGCAGGGUCAGGGAGGCGGUCGGUAGCGGUGGCGGCUCCGGCGACCGGCCGGCGGGCUUGCCAGGCAAGGCUAAGGAGUACGCCAGCCUAAGAUUCGAUAGCGACUAGACAGCAGACCAAGGCCAUGGAUCGGUUGAUUCAACAGGGAGGGAAGAGACAGCAGGUUAUAAAACGAGCUUGGGGAUUAACUGGCCUGAAACUUAAACAGGGCCGCCCUGCUGAUGGACUCAAGCUCCAGAAUCAAGACAUGCCACUGUAGAUGUUUUUUUUAAAGGCAGCUAGCUACUUGGAUUGCGCAAAUCAACAAGUACUCCCGCAUAUAGCAUCAGAACUAAGGAGACAACUUCCAGUAGACCUGGCCAAUGGAAAUCUCAAUUCUCUUAGCCUGUAAGCUCAGCUCUCAAUCAGGUAUUCUAUUCGUAACUCAGCGUAUUUUUUCUGAAGUUUUAGGCCUAACUCCCAAACAUCUUUUGUCAAGAGUAAGAAUGUAGCUGUUGAUGGUUGCUUGCUGAAGAAGAGUGGUAUCAAUAUUACCAUAGAAGUAGAUGUUUUUUGAAUUAUUCUUGAUUUUCUAUUAUGUUAAUAUUUCUCUGCUCUGUUUUUAAUUGGGAUUCCUUGCUCCUUGGGUCCCUGUAAAUUGUACAAAAGGUAAUUUAUCUGAAUUUUACGGUCUUUUAGUUUGUUC